AUGGAUCGCGAGCCCUUCUUCGAUUACUACAAAGCCCUGGGAGUCUCUCGAGACGCCAGCAUGAAUGAUAUCCAGACGGGAUAUAAGAAGGUGUCCUUGAAGCAUCACCCCGACAAGAAUAACAACUCCCGGGUCUCCACAGAAGCAUUCCAAAGAAUCAAUGAAGCAAAAGAGGUGUUACUACAUCCAGUGCAGCGCCGUAUGUACAACAUAAAGUACGACCAGCACGUCGCCUGGACUCUCCGCGAUAGCAGAGCUCAAAUUUCUAAGUGUAAGCGCAAAACUGGCAGAGACGAAGAAGAUGAUUUGGAAGAGAAGAUGCGAAAGGCAGCAAGAGUAUUUGCGAAUAAGCGAGCAAGAGAUUCCUACCAAGAGCCCGAUCCCGAGAUCACUCGCACGGGAAAAAGUCGCUGCAAAACGGGAGAAAAUUUUGAGCGGCAAUUUAGACCAAAUAGAUCAAGGCUCUGGACUCCCUAUCAACAUCCUGACAUCAGGAUUGUUGGUGAUAAAGGCUGGUAGAUGAUAUAAAUAGACUUUCCCUGUCCCUGAUAUGAAGCAAUUCUAUCUUUUGGUGAUCUUUAAUCAUUCUGCAUUCGAGUCCGAGUGAAUCUUUCGUGAGAUUGGUAUCGUGUGAGACUGUUGAUAAGUUACUAGUUCAACGUUCGUGGUAUCAGACGGGCGCGUCGAUCGCCAGUUGCCUGAGGUUUCUGUUCGUGACAGCUACGCCAGGGGCAUGAUGAGCAUGUUCCAAAAAGAGUGAUAUGAGAUACCUUAAUCAGCUCCACUAAAUGUAGUUAAUGGCAGCUAAUAUAGAUA